GGCCAAGUCAGUCCAAUGUGGAUUACCAUGAGAUUGGACGUUCAAUCUCUACUCUCAUGUCAGACAAGCAUUUCCAUGAAGCCGCUUACAUGGCGGAUGACCGCCAAGAUCUCCUUAAUGCCAUCAAUGAGUUCCUAGACUGCAGCAUUGUCAUUCCUCCAUCAGAAGUAGAAGGGAAAGAUUUGCUCAGAUCAAUUGCCACCUUCCAGAAAGUGCUGCUGAAGAAGAGAAGAGAGCGGGACCAGAAGAAGUCCCUCAAAGAAACAAACUUUCAGGAAUCCAAAGAGCUAUGUGAGGUCAAAGCUGAAGAAGAAGAAGAAGAGGGUGAAGAGGAGGAGGAUGACCCUCUGAAGCGCACCGGCAUUUUCUUUGGUGGUUUGGUGCGGGACAUAAAGCGCAGGUACCCCAAGUAUCUGAGUGACCUCAGAGAUGCCCUGCACAGCCAGUGCCUCGCAGCCGUGCUAUUCAUCUACUUCGCUGCUCUCUCUCCUGCCAUCACCUUUGGGGGACUGCUAG